UAUCGACAUCUUGGCAUGGUAUCUUUUUUCCCAAAGUUUGUUCGAAUCCCUUUAAACACACAUUUACCUGAUUCGAGCGAGUCGGAGAGAGAUGCCCAGAUUGUUUCACCUACAUGACGAAGAGUUUCUCCUUGUCAGAGCCAUUAUAUUAAUGGUUGACAAUUUUUGAAGCUUCAUACUUGCCGAAUGUGAAAGUGUAUUACUUUACUUAACCCCGACUCACAUAAUUAUGUAAAGCGGGGAAUUCUUGUGUUAUCUAAAUUUCUAAUGAUUCCUAUUGGUAUAAGAUCUGGGAAGCUGGGAGUGGUCAUCACUUUGUUUUCCCCUCAUGGAGACUACUCCAGUGGAGAGUAAUGCACUGGUUAACGUAGAAAUGCAGCCCGAGUAUUUUGACACAUCAAUCAAUGAUGUGGAGGCACCUCCAACCAAACGCAGAAAGAAGAAGUCUAUAGUUUGGGAAUAUUUCACUAUAGAAAACAUUGGUGAAGGAGUUAGAAGAGCCUGCUGUAAACAAUGUAAGCAAUCCUUUGCUUACAGCACUGGGUCAAAAGUUGCAGGCACCAGUCAUCUAAAACGUCACAUCGCCAAGGGAGGGUGCCCAGUUUUUCUGCGUAAUCAAGAGAAUGGCCCUUCAACUCCCUUAAGUGCACCUUCCAAGAUGGGUGGCAACUCUGUGGGUCCCAACAGUGAUGCCCCUAAAAAGCGUUACAGAACUCCAAGUAUUACUUACUCUGCAUAUGACCCUGAUCGGUGCCGCCAAGAAAUGGCUCGAAUGAUCAUACUCCAUGAUUAUCCCCUUCACAUGGUCGAACAUGCAGGUUUCAUGGCAUUUGUGCAUAACCUUCAGCCAAAUUUUAACAUGGUUAACUUCAGUACGGUUCAAGGUGACUGUGUGGCAACUUAUCUUAGAGAAAAACAGACCAUUCAGAAGUUGAUUGACGGUAUGCCUGGGCGGAUUUGCCUUACACUUGACCUCUGGAACUCACACAAUACAACGGGCUAUGUUUUUGUAACGGGCCAGUUCAUUGAUAGUGAGUGGAAGAUACACAAAAAGCUACUAAAUGUUGUGAUGGAACCGUAUCCUGAGUCUGAUUCAGCUUUCAGUCAUGCAGUAUCCGCCUGUUUAUCAGAUUGGAACAUGGAGGGAAGAUUAUUCUCUCUCACCAUAAACCAUCCUUUGAGUGAAGUUGGGAUUAAUAGUCUCAGAAGUUUGCUUUCAGAGAAGAGCACGAAGAUCCUUGAUGGUCAACUGUUGCUUACUAGUUGCUUUGCUCGAUCCCUAAGCUGCAUUGCUCAAGAAGCACUGAAGGCGGGUCAAGAAACAGUUAAGAAAGUAAGAGACUGUGUGAAGUAUGUAAAAACAUCAGAAUCCUUAGAGGAGAAAUUUCUCGCCCUUAAACAACAACUUCAAGUUCUCAGCACCAAAACUUUAUCACUUGAUGAUCAGACCCAAUGGAAUACAACUUAUGAAAUGUUGGUUGCAGCUUCUGAGUUGAAGCAAGUGUUUUCCUGCUUGGAUACUUUAGAUCCUGAUUAUAGUAAAGGCCCAACUGUUGAAGAGUGGAAACUUGUGGACAAUCUUUGCAUGUAUUUGAAGCUACUUUUUAAUACUGCGAAUCUGCUAACAUCAUCAACUGUAUCCACAGCUAAUACGUUCUUUCAUGAGGCAUGGAAGCUUCAGUUGGAGCUAACCCGUGCAUCUACGAUGGAAGACCAGGCCAUCAGCACUUUGACGAAGCCAAUGCAAGAAAGUUUUAACAAAUAUUGGAAAAGUAGUUGCUUGAUGUUAGCGAUUGCAGUUGUUAUGGACCCCCGGUUUAAGAUGAAGCUAGUUGAAUUUAGCUUCACAAAGAUCUAUGGCGAUGAGGCGGCGUCCUACAUCAAGAUUGUGGAUGAAGGCAUCCAUGAACUUUUUCUAGAGUAUGUGGCACUUCCGUUGCCACUAACCCCUGCUUUUGCCGAAGAAGUAAAUGGUGAAACUGGGCACGUGAAACAAGAGGGUGGCAGAGGAUCAAACAAUGGCCUUGGACUGACGGAUUUUGAUGUUUACAUCAUGGAGAGUACAAGUCAACAGUCAAAGUCAGAGUUGGAUCAGUACUUGGAAGAGUCACUGUUGCCUAGGAUUCAUGAAUUUGAUGUUAUGGGAUGGUGGAAGCUGAACAAGGUCAAGUACCCAACCCUAUCAAAGAUGGCCCAUGAUAUCUUGACAGUUCCCGUGUCGACGGUUUCUCCUGGGUCGGUUUUUGACACAGGUAUUAAUGAGAUGGACCAUUAUCGUUGCUCUUUAAGGCCUGAGACGGUGGAGGCGCUUUUCUGUGCUAAGGACUGGAUGCACAGUGAACCGAUAGAGAGUGCUGACACUGCUGUGAAGAUGGAGUUUCCAAUUUAGCUGGCUCGGUUUGGUAGUUACCUUUCUUCUCCUUUAGAUUUUGUGCAGGUUAUGGUAAUAAAUAGGAUUGAGUAGUAGUAGUAGUAGUAUGUGUUCAGGUGUAUUUUUAGACUAAAUGUUGCAUGUGGAGAUUUGUGUUUAAAUUUGCAAGAUUCUUACCUA